CGUAAAGAUCGCGAGGCGCCGUAGCAUGGUUACGGCAUUCGGUAAUCAACAAAGGACCAAUAGAUGUUUAUAUUAUAUAUCCGUCUGCCUCUUGGUGUUGUUUUAAGAUAAAGGCCAAUUCAAAGAUAACACAACCCUACUUAUUCAAUAUGUCAAUUCUUCUCACAGGUGGCAGCGGCAAAACGGCGCCGCGAAUCGCCUCACUCCUUGCCGCACAGAAUAAACCAUUUCUCCUAGGCUCACGCCAGGGGCUUGACGCGAUAUCAAAUGGCCAUCCCACCGUCCGAUUUGAUCUGAGUGAUGAGUCGAGCUGGGAAAAGCUAUUCAAGAACACGCAAAUCACCGCCGUCUACAUGAUGGAGCCCCGGAUUAGCCAACCAUGGGUGCUGAUGAACAAGUUUAUCGAUUUUGCCAAUCAGAAUGGUGUCAAUCGUUUUGUUUUAUGUGCUGGCACGUCAGCAGCGAUUGGCAAGGAUGGGAUGGGCAGAGUUUGGGAGCAUCUCAUCCAAGCUGGUGUCGACUAUUGCGUACUUCGCCCAUCUUGGUUCAUGGAGAAUUUGAUUGAACCUGGUCUCGCGACUACUAUUGGCAAAUUAAAUAAGAUAUUUACUGCCACGCAAACUGGAAAUAUCCCUUUCAUCAGCGCAGAUGAUAUUUCUGAGGUGGCUUAUCACGCCCUAACGGAUGAGAAGUCUUAUAACUGUGACUUCAGGAUUCUUGGACCAGAGAACUUGACUUACGACCAGAUUGCUGAGACUCUAUCUGAAGUUCUGGGGCGUGAAAUUGAGCACGUAAAGCUUGAUGAAGCUAACCGAAUUCAUGGUCUGGUCCAAGCAGGUCUGUCGAACUACUUCGCUGGAUUUCUGACCCGCCUAGAAGUUCUGGCCUCGGAAGACUUCGAGAAAGGGACUUCCAACGCCGUCGAGAGAAUGACAGGGCAUCCUCCAAAAAGCUUCAAGACGUUUGCUGAGGAGAACAAAGAUAUCUGGUUAUCUUAUUAGUUUCCGCAGCAGAAUUUAAUUACUUGUACAAUUAGAGUCAUUUUUUAACGCCUCUACUUAAACAGAGAU